AUGGAUGAGAAUCCAAGCUUUGUUACAGAAUCAACUCUCACAAACUCCAUGGAAGCAGAACCUCAAGAUGAAGAAAGAGACCCAGAAAGCAAUCCUUUAAACCAACCCCUUCUCAAGAGAAACAGAACUCUCUCUUCUAGUCCUCUUGCCAUUGUUGGGGCAAAAGUUUCUCUCAUUGAAAGCUUGGAUUACGAGAUCAAUGAGAACGAUCUGUUUAAGCAUGAUUGGAGAAGCAGAUCCAAAGUUCAAGUGCUGCAGUACAUAUUCUCUAAAUGGACUUUGGCUUGUCUUGUUGGACUUCUUACAGGGAUCAUUGCCACUCUCAUCAAUCUUGCCAUUGAAAAUAUUGCUGGCUACAAGCUUUUGAAAGUGGUUGAUUACAUAAAGGAAGAAAGGUACUUAAUGGGGUUCGCAUACUUUACCACUGCCAACUUCCUUCUGACUUUUGUUGCUGCUGCUCUCUGUGUAUGCUUUGCUCCCACCGCAGCUGGGCCUGGCAUACCAGAAAUUAAAGCCUAUCUCAAUGGCAUAGACACUCCUAAUAUGUUCGGCGCCACGACGUUGAUCGUUAAGAUUGUUGGAAGCAUUGGAGCAGUGGCAGCUGGGCUAGAUCUUGGGAAAGAAGGGCCUCUAGUACACAUUGGCAGCUGCAUUGCUUCUUUACUUGGACAGGGUGGACCAGAUAACUAUCGAGUCAAAUGGACAUGGCUACGCUAUUUCAACAAUGAUCGUGAUCGUCGGGAUCUUAUCACAUGCGGGGCAUCAUCAGGGGUUUGUGCAGCUUUUCGGGCUCCAGUUGGGGGUGUCCUAUUUGCUCUAGAAGAGGUGGCUACUUGGUGGAGGAGUGCCCUGCUAUGGAGGACCUUCUUCAGCACAGCCAUUGUUGUGGUAGUGCUAAGAACUUUCAUUGAAAUAUGCAAAGCAGGUGAUUGUGGGCUGUUUGGAGAAGGAGGGCUCAUCAUGUUUGAUGUCAGUGGUGUUUCUGUAAGUUACCAUAUCAUGGACAUUAUUCCAGUUGCUAUCAUUGGCCUUCUUGGUGGAUUCCUUGGAAGCCUUUACAAUCAUCUUCUCCACAAAAUCCUCAGAGUUUACAACCUCAUCAAUCAGAAAGGGAGAAUGCACAAACUAUUACUAGCCUUAGCAGUAUCACUUUUCACUUCAAUUUGCCAAUACAGUUUGCCAUACCUUGUUCAAUGCACUCCCUGCAACUCUUCUCUUUCAGAUUCAGCUUGCCCAACCAAUGGCCGGUCCGGCAACUUCAAGCAAUUCAACUGUCCUAAAGGCUAUUACAAUGAUCUCGCUACCCUUCUUCUCACCACCAACGACGACGCUGUUCGAAACAUCUUCUCCAUCAACACUCCAGCCGAGUAUCAGCCUCUUUCCCUUGUCAUCUUCUUCCUUCUCUACUGCAUAUUAGGGUUAUUCACCUUCGGUAUCGCCGUCCCUUCCGGUCUCUUCCUUCCGAUCAUCUUGAUGGGCUCUGGCUAUGGCCGCCUCAUCGGCCUCCUCAUGCGACCCUACACCAAUCUCGAUCAAGGACUCUUAGCUGUUCUCGGUGCUGCUUCCUUAAUGGCCGGCUCCAUGCGAAUGACCGUUUCUCUUUGUGUCAUAUUCCUCGAACUCACCAACAAUCUCCUUCUCCUUCCGAUCACCAUGAUUGUUCUUCUAAUUGCAAAAACAGUCGGAGACAGUUUUAAUCCUAGCAUUUACGACAUCAUUCUCCACCUCAAAGGACUUCCAUUCCUCGACGCGAAUCCGGAGCCAUGGAUGAGAAACAUAACCGUCGGUGAGCUCGCCGACGCGAAACCAGCGGUGGUGACACUUCGGGGAUUAGAGAAAGUAUCACGCAUUGUGGAGGUUCUUAGGAACACAACACACAAUGGAUUCCCUGUUGUGGAUGCCGAUGCGGUUGUGCCGCCGGUGGGCAUGGCAGUGGGAGCGACGGAGCUGCACGGACUAGUACUGAGAGCGCAUCUACUACAAGUGCUGAAGAAGAAAUGGUUCUUGAGAGAGAGGAGGAGGACGGAGGACUGGGAAGUGAGGGAGAAAUUUACAUGGGUGGAAUUGGCGGAGAGGGAAGGAAAGAUCGAAGAGCUUGUAGUGACGAAAGAGGAAAUGGAAAUGUACGUUGAUCUUCAUCCAUUGACGAACACUACACCGUAUACAGUACUGGAAAGCAUGUCGGUGGCAAAAGCUUUGGUUCUUUUCCGGCAAGUAGGACUCCGCCAUUUGUUGAUCGUCCCCAAAUAUGAAGCAGCCGGAGUUCCGCCGGUGAUUGGGAUCUUGACGAGGCAAGAUUUAAGGCCAUACAAUAUAUUGAGUGCAUUUCCUGAUUUGGCAAGGAUCAAAGGCAAUGAAAAACGGAAUUGA